GAAAUUCGCACACUGUUGAAGUCUCCCUCGUAGUUGUGAGUGGAUACAAAAUUACGGCGAAUUUGAUUUACCUUUACCAGGGGCGAGAAUGGCGACUCUGGGACUGGACUCCCGUCCCCAGCUCCCCUCUGGUUCUGUUCAAAGUAACAUCAGCAGUUUGGGGUCCCAGAAUACGGUGCCCCUGAAUCGUGGGCUUGAACGGGCUCUGGAAGAGGCAGUGAACUCUGGUUUUUUAAACCUCAGCGCCAGAAAAUUAAAAGAAUUUCCUAGAACUGCAUUGACACACGAUUUGACGGACACGGUGGAAGCAGACUUGUCCAAGAACCGCUUGACAGAUGUUCCCUCUGAAGUGUGUCACUUUGUCUCCUUGGAAACGCUGAACCUCUAUCAUAAUUGUAUUAGAAGUGUUCCCGACUCUGUCAUCAGCCUCCAGACUCUCACGUCUUUAAACCUAAGUCGUAACCAGCUCUCCGCUCUGCCCGCCUGUCUCUGUGAGCUGCCCCUGCGUGUGCUCAACGCCAGCAACAACAAACUGCUCUGCCUGCCAGAGGCCAUUGGCCAGCUCAGGAGCCUGAUGGAGCUGGACAUCAGCUGUAAUGAGAUCACCACCCUGCCUCCAGACAUCGGCCGUCUGCAGGCCCUGAGGGAGCUCAACGUACGGAGGAACUUCCUGUGUGUGCUUCCGGAAGACCUGGCAGAGCUGCCCUUGGUGAAGCUGGAUGUCUCCUGUAAUAAGGUGUCCACUGUGCCCACCUGCUUCAGGAAGAUGGUCCACCUGCAGUGUCUGCGGCUAGAGAACAACCCCCUGCAGAGCCCCCCUGCACAGAUCUGCAUGAAGGGAAGGGUGCACAUAUUUAAGUACUUGAUGAUGGAGGAGUGUCGCAGUGACAAGAUGGCCGACGCACUCUACCUUCCCGUGAUAGACAGACUCAGCCUGUCCCACCCGGCUGCUGGCAGCACGGAGGACAUCGACCAGAACAAGAAACAGGAAACUGACUCGGGCGUCGGCAGCGACAAUGGGGACAAGAGACUAUCGGCGACUGAGCCCUCAGAUGAAGACAGUUUGAGUCUCAAUGUCCCCAUGUCCCACAUCACUGAGGAGGAGGGCCUGAUCAAAGACGACUCCAUCGAGCACAUCUGUGCCCUGGCAGGUGAUUCCCCUCAGAGCUCCCUGAAGCCCACGGACAGCGAUAUCUCUGAGCCUUCAGAGGAUCAGUUUGGGUCCAGAGAUUCAGGGCUCAGCACACAGUUUGUCAGCUACAUCAAGGGCCGGGCGGCAGACUUCGACGAACCCCUCAGGAUAGAGGAGGACUCCAGCUGGGCCUCCGAUCAGCCGUCCAAGGUCACAGAGGGUACCAAGAUCCACAUUGACAUGAUCAACCAACUGAAAGAGGCAGUGGAACUGCUACAGGAUCCGGACAGAGUGAAAACGGACCCUGCGGAUGUUUCCGGAGUGCAGCUGUACCCGGUGGAGAUGGUUCUGGUGGAGGAGUCCGUCAAUGGCCAGGAUUGUGCGGGUGAACUGACCACACCAAAGAGUGAAACGUCUGAGGGAGGCCUUGAGUUCCAGAAGAAGAGGGAGGUGAUUCUGGAGAAGGCCAGGCAUGAGGCUCAGCUCGCCUGCCUGCAGUUUGAGCGAGAAGUGCCAGCCCAGAGCGACGUGAUUGGCCAGGGAGCCCAGUCUGAGGACCAUGGAGACGGGGGGGAAGAUGAAGCCUCCACAGAAUCAUCCAGUCUGAGCUCCCCUCCCUUCGGCCUGAAGCCACGGUCAGCCCCCACCUCGCUGGCUUGCUCGCCCCCGCCCUGUCUCCGCCCCCUCACACAGGCUACUCCCGCUGAUAGAGACUCCCUCAGUAGCCCAGAUGAAGGAGACUUGCUGUGCAGUGUCUUUCUGCGGACCUCCAAGAGCCUGGAGUCCAUGGACCCCCAGUUCACCAUGCGCCGCAAGAUGGAGCAACUGAGGGAGGAGCUGGAGCUGACGGAGCAGUUGAGAGAGAACAUUGAAAGCAGGCUAAAGGUGGUGUUACCCGAGGACCUGGGCCCGUCCCUGAUGGACGGGGUGGUGCUUUGCCACCUGGUGAACCACAUCUGCCCCCGCUCCGUCAACAGCAUCCACGUGCCCUCCCCUGCCGUGCCCAAGCUGAGCAUGGCCAAGUGUCGGAGGAACGUGGAGAACUUCCUGGAUGCCUGCAGGAAGUUGGGCGUCCCAGAGGAGAAGUUGUGCCUGCCGCAUCAUAUACUUGAAGAGAAAGGUUUGGUGAAGGUCAGCAGCACAGUGCAGGCCCUGGUGGACGAGACCUGCAUCAAACAGGCCCUGUUCAGCUGAGAGGAGAGCGGUGGGCUGUUUUCCUGAGGGUGUGGGUUUACCUGAGGGUGUGGGUUUACCUGAGGGUGUGGAUUUACUGGAGGGCGUGGCUUUGUCAGGGUGUGGCUUAACCUGAGGGUGUGGCUUCAAACAGGUUACCUGGGGUCGGGGUUUCAGAGAGCUUUACCUGUGUGAAAAGUAAAUUGAUGGAAGUGUGGCUUGACAGACAAUUUACAAACUGGUUUUAAACAGACUUUUUCUAUUGAUUUGUAUAAAUGGCUCGCUACCAUACCUCCUGAAAUUUAGCUGUUUUUAUGGGAAUAUGCUUUUUGUUUUUCAACUGACGUGAUUGAGAACUCGUUUUCACUGCCAGCAAAAGGGUCUGACUCAACAUUAACACUAGGUGGUGCUGUCCUGAUAAAUACAAUACACUAUUGCCAGUCAGUUUACAUUAGAACAUUUUCAUGUGGAAGCAUUCUGGGCAGUGACCAAUCCUGACAAUCACUUUGAGCUCUUCAGCUCUUAUUUAUUUUUAUUUAUUAAAACUCCUGGCAGAUGGGUGAAGGAUUUAAGCAGUGCUUUGGAUUUAAUGUAAUUUGCAAAGUUAACUUGUAGGUAAUAGUGUAGGUAAUAUAUUUUGUAAAAGUUUUUAUGAUGGUUUUUAUUUGUAUCUCUUUGUACAGUGUUCUUUCAGUAUUGGCAAGAUGUCUUGGAAUAACAGUACUACAGCAUUGGAAGAAUAUUUGGUAUUUGGUUAUGAGUGGAACUGCAAACUUAACCCCCUUUUCUGCUGUGUUAAAGAAUGUAAGAGAGAAGGGGGGUCUGAACAUUCCAAUUACAGGAUGAAUGAAUCUGAGUUACCCCACUAUUCAAAAUAAAUACAGCAAAAGACUGAGGUCCACAACUAAGCCUAUUGUCAGGUUGUUGGUGUUAUAAGAAAUCACUUAAUAUGCUAAAUAUUUCUUCAAACAUUUAUUGGGAGCAGAAAGUGCACAUACGCUAUAGAAUAUGUUUACCAGAGUUUGGGGUGUCAGUUUGAACCCUGAGACUAGCCCACAGAGCAAGGUUAUCUUACUCUGUUCAUACCCUUUCCACAUGACUAUGACUCUGAAAGUACGUUUAAAUAAUGGCCUUUUUGUACUAGUCAGGGCAUUCGCUUUAGCACAAUGGCCUUCCAUUAGCAUUAGCCAGAGGUUUUUCCAUUAAUGUUAUCAUGUUAUCAUAAGGUUUUAGUUUUGCCAUGUGUAUGCAGGAGAGUUUGCUCUUUUGUGACCAGUGGAUGCAUGGAAUGUGUUUGUGUUUUUACCCCAGGCUUUGCAGUAUACUUCAUGAGAAGAUUGUGUACAGCAUAUGUGUCUAGGACUGAAGGCAGUAGAACAUUUCUGUGUAAAUGUAUGAUGUAAUGAACUAAUAAGAGUCAAAUUGUAAAUUGUAAUUUUGCUGAAUGGAUUUUCCAGUUCCCAAAUAUAGUUCAAACCAAAACCAAAAGUAAAAACAGGGCAAUUAAGAAAUCAGAUGAACUACAGUACAACUUAUCGUGGCAGCACGAUAUUUUAAGUGCACUACAUAAGUGUAUCUUUUCUAUGUUUAUAUGUUGUACAUAUCCCCAGAGUCUCAGAUUAUUAUAUACUACCCUUUUGCACUCUAGGGUUUUUAAAUAUACAAUAUUUCUACACAUACAGCAAAUGCAGUAGGAAGUAUAAUAUCAGUGUGCUUUUCUACAGCAUUUUUCUAAUUAUUCUUACAAACAUCUGUUUAUAAUAAAACAAAAGCAGGAGCUGUUUUCAGUUAAAUAAUUGAACAUUUUGCAUCUGUUAGAGGGGGUAAAAUAGUUGUGUGGGAAAGAGCAAGUCAUAUUCUGUGGCAGGUAAAGGUGCUUGCUGUAAGUGUGUUUUUAAAUACAGCAUCUCUCUUGGAGUCUAUCGACUGGAUUCCAUCAGCUUGUGAUUCCCAUUAGUUAAUUUCAUUCGGAAAGAAAAUCUAUGCAGGAAAUGUAUUGACCUGCUCUGUGUUUGUAAGCUUAUUGCUGUUUAGUCUUGUAAUGUCUUGAUGAUUUCACAAAUUACAAAUCUACCUUUUCUUUUGUAUUUUUGGUAUCUUGAAUAUAUUAGAAUUUUUUGAAAUUUGUAACAUUUUACUACAAUGUUUUAGUCAAGUUCAAUCUGCUGGAUCAUUACAAGUGUGUUUUUCAACUUUUCUGUAUAUAAAAUAUGAAACUUGUACUUUGGUAAGGAUGAAUAUUUUUUGUCUUUGUUAUAUUUCACCCAUGAUGUAACAUAGUCAAACACGUUUUUAUACUUCUUUUUAUGUUGUGUAUGGAUAUCACUAUUUGUUGUACAGCAUUUUGUGAUUGCAUGACCUUUUCUUAUCCAUUGCCCUAAUGACUGUAGAUACUGUACAGGUUAUUACAAGUAUUACUGAACCAGUAAAGCCCAGUUUGUAAAACUUC